UAUUAUUAGCAAGUGGGAAGUAUGGCGGUGGCGCGCGUUGAGGCAGCUUUGCCUCCGGGAGAAGGAUCAGUGGUCAAUUGGUCAGGGCAAGGACUACAGAAAAUAGGUUCCAAUUUACCCUGUGAAGCUGAUAUUCAUACUUUGAUACUAGAUAAAAACCAAAUUAUUAAACUGGAAAAUCUUGAGAAAUGCAGACGAUUAUCACAGUUGUCAGUGGCAAAUAAUCGACUGGUGAGGAUGAUGGGUGUGGCCAAACUGACCCAACUCCGGGUAUUAAAUUUGCCACAUAAUAGCAUUGGCUAUGUGGAAGGACUAAAGGAACUAGUACAUUUGGAAUGGCUGAAUUUGGCAGGAAAUAAUCUCAAGGCCAUGGAACAAAUCAACAGCUGCACAGCUCUCCAGCACCUGGAUUUAUCAGACAAUAAUAUACCCCAGAUAGGUGAUCUAUCUAAAUUGGUAUCCCUGAAGACCCUGCUUUUACAUGGAAACAUCAUCACCUCUCUCAGAAUGGCACCUGCUUAUCUGCCCAGAAAUCUUGCUAUACUUUCCUUGGCAGAAAAUGAAAUCCGAGACUUAAAUGAGAUCUCUUUUUUGGCAUCCUUAACUGAAUUGGAACAGUUGUCGAUUAUGAACAAUCCUUGUGUGAUGGCAACGCCUUCCAUUCCAGGGUUUGAUUAUCGACCAUACAUUGUCAGCUGGUGCUUGAACCUCAGAGUCCUGGAUGGAUACAUGAUUUCUCAGAAGGAAAGUUUGAAAGCUGAAUGGCUCUAUAGUCAAGGCAAGGGAAGAGCAUAUCGGCCCAGCCAGCACAUCCAGCUUGUCCAAUAUUUGGCUACAGUGUGUCCUCUCACUUCUACACUGGGUCUUCAAACUGCAGAGGAUGCCAAACUAGAGAAAAUUCUGAGCAAGCAGAGAUUUCACCAGAGACAGUUGAUGAAUCAAAGCCAGAAUGAAGAAUUAUCUUCUCUUGCUUCUGUUGAAACAAAGUCACCCCUCGUACCUGAGCAUUCAAGUCCUGUUCAAGAUUGCCAAAUAGUCCUGGAAAGUGAGUCUACUUUUAUGCCAGUUGCAUCAGGAUUAUCACCAGUAUCACCUACAGUUGAGCUGAGGCUGCAGGGUAUUGAUUUGGACCUAGAAGAUGAUGGUGUUGCAGAUGAUUCUGUGAAAGGGCUGGAAAACCAGGACAUGACUAAGGAAGAGGAAAAGGCUUUAUGGGCUGCAAAUGAGAAUUCUGUUAAAAUAAUGCAAAAUGAGAUCAGUGCAGAGGUAAAUGAGAAAACUGGGCUGUUACCUUGUUCUGAACCAACAAGUGCUCUCUUGAAGGAUGGUAACCAUAGUCUUACAUCUCUUCCUAAGUCAGCUGGACACAGUGUUCUCCAUACAAAGCCAGAUAGUGAGGAAACCAUCUCUCAAACAGCCUUAGAGAAACUUUCCUAUAGAAUUUCAACCCAAAGAUCUGUUGCUUUGAGGCAAGAUAAAAUCGCCCCUCAGAAAUUGAAUGAAGCAGCCACCAAACUUCAGGCCUGUUGGCGGGGCUUUUAUGCCAGGAACUACAACCCUCAAGCCAAAGAUGUGCGUUAUGAAAUUCGGCUGCGUAGAAUGCAGGAACACAUUGUCUGCUUAACUGAUGAAAUAAAGAGAUUGAGAAAAGAAAGAAACGAAGAACAUAUUAAAAAGUGUGUGCAAGAAGAGGCUGUCAGAUUCCUUUGGAACCAGGUAAGGUCUCUACAAGCUUGGCAACAGACCGUGGACCAGCGCCUCAGUUCCUGGCAUACUGAUGUUCCUAUGUCAAGUACUGUGGUGCCACCUAAACCUCCAUUAUUCACUCAAAGUGAAGAACCCUCUUCUGAUCAAAAUUCAGUCUGGUUCGUUGCUCCUGAUGAAGCUCUUCAAGAGAAAUCCUUACCAGAAUUUCCAGACUCUGGUUUUCAUUCCUCCCUUACAGAACAAGUUCAUUGUUUACAAGUGUCUUUGGAAUUUGAAAAAUGUUCCACAGAGGGCAGUGAAUGUUCCAUAAUGGGGAAUUCCACUGACACAGUCAAAUAUGGCAGGGAGUCAGAUUUAGGGGAUGUUAGUGAAGAAAAUGGUGAAUGGAGUAAGGAAAGCUCAAACAAUGAACAGGAUAAUAGUCUGCUUGAACAGUAUUUAUCUUCAGUUCAACAGCUGGAAGAUGCUGAUGAAAGGACAAAUUUUGAUGAAGGAAUAGGAGAUAGUAAGCUUCACAUAGCUUGUUCCCUGGAAAAAUUAGAUGCCUUGUCUGACAGUGCUUCUGUAGGUGAGACUCAUGGCAUAGCUCCUGCUUUGCAAGAUGAAAUCAGCCAGACACCAGAGAAUUGUAAGCUAGAUGCAGAAGUUCAAGGGCAGCAGCCAGAAUGUGAUCCUACAUUUCAGGUAUUGCAUGUUGGUAUUACUGUGUAGCAUGUCUGGUUGCUUGGGAGGCAGAAAUACACUUUUCUUAAAAAUGUUUUCUGUUUAAUUUUUGUUCAUCAUUUUUGGAGGGGAGUACUUACCCUAAUUCUUUUACUAUUUAUGUAGGAUUUAUGUUCUUGUCUCAUAGUUCCUGAUUCUACAUAAUGAGCUGAGUCUUCAUUUUGAUUCUACUAACCUUUUACUAAGCUUCAAUGUACCAAACAAUAUUUCCACGGAGAACUAUAUGUACUUUCUUUUUUAAUAAUUGAAUUGCAUCAAAGAUGUUUCUUUUAUGUACUCAGAUUAUUUCCUUUAAAAAAUAAACUAGAUUAUCUAAAGAAAAAGAGAAAGUUUUAUCUUCAAGAUAUAAAUAAGAGAAUUUUGAUUCUUUUCUAUAUGAGGAAAUAAUUAGGUAGUAAAGAAUGUAAUU